GUCUACGGCACGCGGGAAACCUAAACUAUACUCCGCCCCUCUGUUGACGAUUGAUGGAUACGCCACUCAAUUUGAAAACACUGCUGUGAUAUGAAAUCCAUGUUUGCCUGGGCACCAAGCUCAUAAUCUUUUCUCCAUUCUCAUAUUAUGCCUUCACCCUCACCCCAGUGCUUUAAACACCACCGCACCAUGACACACUUUUGACGAUCGUUAUAUCAUUAUGAUAGCAUGCCAAUAACUUGGGUAUUCUAUUUCAGCACGUGUGUCGUGUGCACCGUUUGUUCAGACCCGCUCUCUUGCCAGGGCAGAGGGAAACAGGGAUCUACAGCUUUCACCGAAAAAGAAAAAAAAUUGUCGAGAUAAACAGAUGACAUCAUAUUGUAUUCCCAUCACUUUGGCCGAAUGUCUGGGCUAAGCAGGGUGGCAGGGAAAUUGAAUUUCAGCGGUAGCGGAGCAUUCGGGCGACCUGACAGGGAAGCAGUCAUUUAGUCACGUCGCUGUAUGGUUUGAGACACCACAGCCCAGCAACAAUUAUGACAUACCUUGCAUUGUUUGAUAUUAAUUCCAUCAUGCUCUGUUUAUUAUUAGCCGCUUCUUGUUUACUGCAGUUCGCAGGGGGUAAUGACGUUCGAUCGCGCCUUUAUACCAAGAUCUUGAUGGAUUACCAGUUGCUGAUGUCACCAAAUCAAGAUACUGAUCCUGUUCACAUCGAAAUUGCAUUAUCAAUACAGCAUAUCGGACAAGUGAAUGAAGCGGAUGGCACUGUAAAAGUAACCUUUGGACUUUAUCAGAAUUGGACAGACAAGUCCUUAGCCUGGAACCGGAGUGAAUACAACAUCUCGUCCCUCUUCCUACCGAGACACAUCGUUUGGGUGCCUGACACCGUAUUGCACAAGGGGGUAGCCUCACAGAAGACCAGUUCUAAAGACGUUCUUGUUUUCCUAGGUGGGCAGGUAGCCGACGUAAAUAUCAUAGACGUCUCUUUGCCGUGUGUCAAACAAAAGUCCAAACCAAAAAGUAAAGUAAGCGGCGAUGGAUCAAAUGAGGAACUUAAAGGCAAGACAAGGAGGGUGUGUACGUUGACAUUGGGGUGCGCACUGGAGUCUCAUUCCACCAUCUUGUACGAGGCCAAACCUCCCGAUGUCACUGCUCUAGGAGACGGGAGGGACGACUGGCAGCUGGACACGGUGUACCCUUACGAGAUGAUGCAAUCCAGACCGAGCCCCCAUGACCCGAUGGCGGUGGCUGUUUUCGAUUUUAUCCUGAUCAAGAACACCACGCUAAUGGACACCCCUACUCAGCUAGUGGCACCAUCUAUUAUGACAUCCCUUGUGGCACUGGGCGUGUUCUUCCUCCCACCCAUGGCGGGGGAGAGGAUUCUCAUGGUGGGGGUGGCUUUCCUCGGACAACUGACCCUCGCAGGAUUCAGCGUCCUUGCUCAGAUCCAGUCCAACGAACCUGGAACAUUAUACAACUUCAUGCUCUUUUCAACAGUUUACAUCUUCCUCAUCAUCGUAACUGUAUUGUCAAUGUUCUUUGUUUGCCCGCUACUGAAGAGAUUGAGAUUUCAAAACGUAGAGGACAAUACCGAAGAAGACGGGGCACGGUUGUUGACCUUCACUGAAAAGAAAUUUGUUUCAGCAAUACCAGAUGCUAUUAUGUUCACCAUCUUCAUCACAUUAUACAUCAUCGGCAUGGUAACUAUACUCUUCACUUGAAAGAUGUGCUACAUGUAUCCUGGAAAAUUGGUGAGAUCUGGAGGUACUACGUCACGUAUGAGAGACUGUUUGAUGUACUAUGGAAGUAUUCCCGAUGAUGCAGAUUGCACAAUGUUUUCAAUAUGUGUGCUCUAAGUGAAUGAAAAUGAAAUAAAAUCUGCAUAUCGCAAAUCCUGGAAAAGGAUGUGAGAGAGGGAGGAAGGGAC